AUGCCUGGGAAAAGACACAGACGAUGCCACCAUAGACGGAGGAGGAGGACCAUCUCCCGUUCCUCGAGAGCAGAGUUGCAAUUCCCAGUUAGCCGCGUAGAGCGCCUCCUGAGAGAGAGCCACUAUGCCCAUCGCCUGAGCGCGACCACGCCGGUUUUCCUCGCAGGUGUUCUUGAGUACCUGACCGCCAACAUUCUGGAGCUGGCCGGCAAGGAGGCAGACAUCAGCCACAGGGUGCGCAUCACCCCUGAGCACGUGGGGAGAGCAAUGGACCAGAACCAGCAGCUCAACUGCCUCUUGGAGGAUGGCACCCACUAUCCAAUUGACAUGAUGCCCCUAUUCAGGAAGUAG